GUUUCAAAUAAAUUUUUAUUUUUAAAAACUGAACAGGGCAAUAUUCUCUUCUCCGUUUCAGUCGCUCACUAGUCCACUCCACACUACUUCUCUCUCAAAUCACCAACUAUAUAUAUGUAUAUAUAAGACAGUUGCGAAGUAUUAUCAAACGAAGAGUAAUGAGAUAGUUAGAAAGAACUUUGCAUCACCCCUCACCAAAAAUCUGCUCCAAGAAGCAGUAUUUCACUUCCUCUUUGCUGAAAAUAUUGAGAUGGAUGAACUGUUGAAGAACCAGAUUUUUGCAACCCAUGCGAUUGCUGCUGCAGGGUCUGUUGCAUUAGGCACUGCUCUCACAUACCCUCUUGACACUAUCAAAAUCCUUGUACAGGUUGGGUCAGGUUCCGGUAAACAAUUGACUACAGCUCAGGCUCUUGCUAGAGUUCGAUCUUUAUCAGGAAAUUCAGGUUUAUACAAUGGCCUUGGAUGGUUGACAUUGGGGAGAGUUUUAGGUUUGGGAGCACGAUUUGGUGUGUAUGAAAUUCUAACAGCUUUGUACAAAGAUGGUCGUGAAGACAAUUAUAUAUAUGUCUCUGAGGCUCUUAUGGCAGGAAUUGCUGCUGGUGCCGUGGAAUCAUUUGUAAGCUCUCCAUUUGAACUUAUUAAACUUCGUGCACAGGUUACUUCUGCUUCUCGUUUUCCGAAGUCUACCCAUGUUGUAGAAAAGAGUGUUGUUUCACCUUUGAUUGAGAGAUUACUGCACGGGUAUUCUCCAGACACGAGGGCAUUGAACCAUUCUGUUGGCCUUUUGUCCACCUUGACCACCAAAACUUCCAAUCUGAUUGGUGCCCUAAAAGAGUACCCGUGGAUGAUGACUGGGUCUGGGAGGGCUCCAUCUGUGUGCGAUGUCAGAAGGCUGUCAGACAUCAUCUCUUUGGAAGGAUGGGGUGCCUUAUGGAGAGGUCUCAGGUCAGGAGUAGUUCGAGAUUGCAUUUUUGGCGGCAUAUUCUUUUCAAGUUGGCAAUUCCUGCACGGAGUGAUGCUUGAUUGGAAGGCAGUUGGAAUGGAUCCUAUACCCAGGUCUGAUGAAGAAAUAGGUCCACUGCCUCCUUUAGCUGUUAGUCUUGCAGCUGGAUUUUCUGGCUCAAUAGCUGCUGCUGCUUCUCAUUGUUUUGACACUGCCAGAGGUCGAUCACAAUGUAUUGUGCUGCCCAAGUACAUAUCCAUGGAGAGGAGGCUUCUGAAAUGGAAUCUACCAGGGAAGAGGUUUGAGAGACUUACCGGCAUUCACCCUUCGGACAGGAAUCUUUUGUUCCGUGGGCUUUCGUUGCGGAUGGCUCGUAGUGGAAUUUCCUCAUUUCUAAUUGUGGGAAGCUACUUCUGGGCCAUUGAUCAUCUGGUUUAGGGGUGAAUGAUGACAAGUUAUUUAAAUUUUUUUGAAGUGCAGUGAACUUCCUAUUAGCUUGACAUUGAACUUGGAACUUCAUAUUAAGAUACUAAUGAAAGUCUAUUUGUUUUGACCUUUUUAAUUUGAGAAAAUAGGCAUAUCUUGAAACCCUGA